CCCACCUGAGAGGGGAGGAGGUCUCAUCGUGUCGUCGUGACUCCACAGGGGUGGGGUUUUCACCUGCUUGGACAUCACCCCACAAGGAAGGGAUCCUGUUGCCCCACGAUGCUUCACUUCAAAGGAAAGCGGUCUCAUCACCUCAAGCCCCAAAAUAACACCCUGCUGGAAGUGUUCCUCACCCAAUCUGAGCAUUGUGCCGCCAGGAAGGGGUCCCACUGCCCCAGGAAACACCACCAGGCAGGGUGAUGUCUCCGUACUGAACUGGGACACGCUGAAUCUGAGGGGAAUCUGAGGAUGAGUUGCAGGACCGGCCGGGAGCGCGGGGUAUGGAGGAAGAGAAGCAGCAGAGGAAGAGGAGGGUGGAGGGGAGCAGCAACCGGCGGCGGCCCCCCCGGGGCUGAGCCAUGAGAGUUCACCGAGACCUCAGCUGGUUGGCGGAGGCCACCGGACGCCCAGGGCGGCGGGCGAGGAGCGGGAUGCUGGACGCCAUGGAGGUGCCGAGCCACUCGCGGCAGCUGCUGCUGCAGCUGAACACGCAGCGCACCAAGGGCUUCCUGUGCGACGUGAUCAUCGUGGUGCAGAACGCGCUUUUCCGAGCGCACAAGAACAUCCUGGCCGCCAGCAGCGCCUACCUCAAGUCGCUGGUGGUCCACGACAACCUGCUCAACCUGGACCAUGAGAUGGUGAGCCCCGGCAUCUUCCGCCUCAUCCUCGACUUCAUCUACACCGGCCGCCUGGCCGAGUGCGAGCCGGGCAGCGAGCAGAGCCUGGGUGCUGUGCUGGCUGCCGCCAGCUACCUCCAGAUCCCCGGCUUGGUGGCCCUUUGCAAGAAGAAGCUGAAGCGCAGUGGCAAGUACUGCCACCUGCGUGGGGGCUACGCGCCCUACAAGCUGGGCCGUGGGCUGCGGGCCGCCACGCCGGUCAUCCAGGCCUGCUACUCGGGGACACCGCGGCCCGUGGACCUGCCGCCCGUGGAGCCGGCGGCACCGCUCAACACGCAGUGCGGGGAGCUGUACGCCUCGGCCGCCCAGGGCGCCCCGCUGCACCCCCACGGGCUGUGCCCGCCCGAGCGCCACUGCUCGCCGCCCUGCGGCCUCGACCUCUCCAAGAAGAGCCCCACCGGCCCCUCUGCCCAGCUCCUGCCCACCGACCGCCUGCUGCCCAGCGAGCCCCGCGAGCCCUCGCUGCCCCCACGGCACGACAGCCCCCCAGUCAGCGCUGGCCUCCUGGGCAGCCACGCUGCUGCCUACAAGGACUCCCCGCCGGGUGGAGAGCCGGGGGGACACCCCCACGCCCCCGACCCCUUCCGCAGCACGCCGCCCUGCGCCGAGCCCCCGCUGCCCCGCGCUGACGGGCGAGAGCUGAUGUACCGCUGGAUGAAGCACGAGCCCUUGGGCCCCUACCUGGACGAGGGGGAGGCGGAGAAGGACCUGGAGCGGGAGGAGAAGGCCGAAUCACCCCCUGCAGCACCGCAGCCCCGCUACCCCAGUGUGGAGAGCAACGACCUGGAGCCCGAUAACAGCACGAGCGAGGAGACGGGCAGCAGCGAGGGCCCCUCGCCCGGCGACACGCUGGACCGCUACUGCAACCACCUGGGCUACGAGCCGGAGAGCCUGGGCGACAACCUGUACGUGUGCAUCCCCUGUGGCAAGGGCUUCCCCAGCUCUGAGCAGCUCAACGCCCACGUGGAGGCCCACAACGAAGAGGAGCUCUAUCACAAGGCAGCGGCCGAGCAGGCCGUGCCCUUCCUGGACAAAGGUGGCCCAGGGCUGGGUGACAUCUUGCGGCCUUACCGCUGCUCCUCCUGCGACAAGUCCUACAAGGACCCGGCCACUCUGCGGCAGCACGAGAAGACGCACUGGCUGACGCGCCCCUACCCCUGCACCAUCUGCGGCAAGAAGUUCACGCAGCGUGGCACCAUGACCCGCCACAUGCGCAGCCACCUCGGCCUGAAGCCCUUUGCCUGCGACGCCUGCGGGAUGCGCUUCACCCGCCAGUACCGCCUGACCGAGCACAUGCGCAUCCACUCGGGCGAGAAGCCCUACGAGUGCCAGGUGUGCGGCGGGAAGUUCGCCCAGCAGCGCAACCUCAUCAGCCACAUGAAGAUGCACGCGGCCGGCCCCGACGGCAAAGCCAAGCUGGACUUUCCCGACAGCGUCUAUGCCAUGGCCCGUCUCACCGCCGACCAGCUGGGGCUCAAGCAGGAGAAGGCGGCCGAGCUGCUCUCCCACACCUCGCACUUCCUCAGCGACCCCAAGGCCAUGGAGAGCCUCUACCCCCUGGCCAAGUUCACGGCUGAGCACCUGGGGCUGAGCCAGGACAAGGCGGCCGAGGUGCUGGCGCAGGCUCCACACCUCCACACCGAGGCCGCCCGGACCAUAGAGCGAUAUUCGCCCCCCUAGCACCGGCCUGGCCGGGGGGCUGGGGGGGCCGCUGGGCUCCCCUCGCUGCCCCGUGUGGAGCUGGGGGUGGGGGAGAGGUGAUGGGUGCUCGUCCCCUGGCGCUGCCGAUGGUCCCGGAGGACUCGCUCGUGGCGAUGGUCCCAUGAGUGCUGCUCCGGGAUGGAUGGACGGCGUGUCCCUCGACCAGCGCCCCGGCUUGCCCGGGAGAAGCCGAUAAAUCAGGGACUGACCCCGCGGCACGUCCGCCCCUUGCCGUGCGGGCUGCCGGGACCCCCGACGCACAAGCUGUGAGGCCGGGCUGCGCCCCGAGGCUUUGGAGGACAUGAGCCCGCUCCUUACCUCAGGGCUGUCGCCCCCGGGCGACGGGACGCCCUCGGCAGCCGCCGCGUCGCUCCGGCCCCACGGUGGGAGCCGGCGGCGCUCGGCUUUGCCGCGACGGGACCCGGACUGUGCCUCCCCGACCGCCGCGGGCCGUGAGUAGCUCUUCCGUCGUGCCCGGAGCGACGGCUCCGUGCUGAGCGGGAGCGGCCAGCGCUGGGCUGGGGGUGCGACCCGACCACGCCGGGGGCUCGGGGACAGACUGACGGAGGGGGACGGUGGGCUCUGAGCAGCAGGCGUGGGACGGGGGAGCGGCGGUCACGUCCAUGCUGGGGAGGCCGGGGAAUCGCGAUGCUCCUCGCCCCGAAGCAAGCACUGACCUCCCGUCCCGAACGCAGGGGCUCAGCCGGCUGCUCCCCGUGUUUUUGGGAGGUGGGGCACGGCCUGUCCCAGACUGAGCCCCUGGGCCCUGCCUCGCCAUCAGGGAUGCCCGGGGCACCCGGGCCAGCCCCGGGACCCGGCGGAUUCGCCCUCGGGCGGCCACUCGCCUCGAUUAUUUUUUAUUUUUUUAUUUUUGCCAAAGACGCCCGUCUCCAGCGCGGCCGGGCCGGGCCGGGGGGUCCAUGACAAAGACAAAGCGGUCUCUGGUUUGUCAGCUACGGGAGGUGGGCAGGGGCUGCGGGAGGGGGCCGUGGAGCAGAGCCCAGCGGGUGAUGUGACCUGGGGCCGAGUCCCCCCUCGGGCACCUUUCUGCCACCACCGCACCCCCUCUCCCACCUUCUGCUCGGUGUGGGCAAAGUCCCCCCAGCCUGGACCCCCCCGGCCCGUGCCCUGACCCCUCCGUUGGGGCUAAUGUGAAGCUUCUCCCCCGCUCCCGAGCCCCCUCCUCUCCUUUGCACACGAGGCUCCGGGCGGCCGCCAGCAGCGACUGCCCCCGGCCUCGCAGCCACUGUGCCUUAGCCUGAGCUGGCCGCUCCUGCCCAGCUGCCCCCGAGCCUCCCGGGGCUGGCCCGCUCCCCCAGGGCCGGCGGUGUCCCCCGGAGCUGCCGUGGGGUGACUGGCAGCGGUGGCAGCACCCAAAGCACAGCUGGCAGCGCCCAGCGGGGCCCCGGCCCCCCCUGUAUCACGUCCAAUUUGUACACGGGCUUCUCGCCCUCUUUUUUUUCUAUAGUCGAAACGGAAUGAGCAAUAAAGUGACAUUAACACGC